UUAUGGGGGUGAUGGGGACAGACCAGGAGACCCUUUCUCUAGGGAGAACAGAGACAGUCCUGUCCCAGCCCCCACUAUACUUUGCCCAAGUUCCAACUCCAUUUCCAUUCUGUUUACUGUCCAAAGUCCCGGGGUCAGGACAUGCCAGCAUAGAACCUCUUGGACAUUCAGACACAUGGGCUCAGGGCCCUCACUUGGACCAGCCUCCUCCCCUCCUCUUCUCUCCUGUCUAACACCACCUGCCCCACUUCUCCCAGCCUGCUUGAGGGACCCGGGAGUCAGCUCUUCACACCUUUAACAGCCCAAACUCACCUCCAACCUCAGACUCAACCCAAGCUGUCUCCUCCACCUGCCCUGACCCUGCCUCCAGUCCCAUCCUCAGCCUCCACCUGAACUAGCAUUUGAGCAGGAGCACCAGCCCUGAACUGAGCCCCAGCCCUGAGAGCAGCCUCAACAGCAGCCCAGGCCCAGCUCCUGCCCUGGGCCCAGCAUGGCGAAGGACUUUCAGGACAUCCAGCAGCUGGACUCUGAGGAGAGCGACCACCAGCUCAGUGGGGGUGAGGGGCCAGGCACCUUUAGGCACAAUCCCAGGAGAGAAGAUGCAUUUUGGAAAGGGACUCCUGCACCCCAGCCCCUUCUGCUGCAGAGUCUCCACCCCAGGCUCUGGCUCAAUCUGCUGGUCCUAGGCUUCAACCUCCUGCUGUUGGUGACCAUCUGUGUGAUUGGGUCCCAAAGAGCACAGAUGCAAGUGGAGUUUUGGACCCUAAAACAAGCUUUCAGCAACUUCUCCUCCAGCACCCUGGCAGAGAUCCAGGCUCUCAGCUUCCACGGAAGCAGCACAGGUGACAGAGUGACAGCUUUGGAAGCCAAGCUGGAGAAACAGAAGCAGGACCUGAAAGCAGAUCAUGACACCCUGCUCUUUCAUCUGAAGCACUUCCCGUUUGAUCUGCGCAUUCUGGCUUGCCAGCUGGUGUUUCUGCGAAGCAAUGGCACAGAAUGCUGCCCCAUUAACUGGCUGGAGCAUGAAGGCAGCUGCUACUGGUUCUCUCGCUCUGGGCUGACCUGGCCUGAGGCUCAGAAGUUCUGUGAGGUGGAGAACGCGCACCUGGUCGUCAUCAACUCCAGAAAGGAGCAGAUUAUCCACCCGCAAAUGUGGGACUGCCCGCUUCACCAGUGGCUGCCUUGCUAUGAGUCCUCUCCACCCAGCUGUUCCUCUCUGCCCCUCCUACCAGUCUGGAUGAAUGUUUUUUAUUUAACUUCUUGGUUGCCAAACUUUCAUACAGUUUGAUUUUCAGCAGUUCUGUGGGGUUUUUUGUUUUUAAAUUUGUUGUUGUCCUUCUUUUGGUUGUGUGAGGAGGCAAAAUGUUUCUACCCUACACCUCCAUCUUGGCUGAACUCAUUCUUUCUUUUUAAAAUUGAGAUAUAACUGACAUAUAACAGUUUAUAAGUUUGAGGUCUAUACAUAUUGGUUUGAUACAUUUACAUAUUGCAAUAUGAUUACCACACUAGCAUUAACUAUUACCUCUUUUGUGUUAUAUAAUUGUCAUUUUUUUGUUCCCCAAUGUUUAUUGUUUUUUUGGCUUUUAUUUAUUUAUUUUAAUAUAUUUUUUAUUUUAUUGAUUAUGCCAUUACAUUUGUUCUAUUCCCCCCUCUGUUCCCCUCCACCCUGCACACCCCUCCCCCACCAUUCCCCCCCUUUAGUUCAUGAACACGUGUCUCAAGUUCUUUAGAUUCUAUAUUUCCCCUACUAUUCUUACCCUCCCCCUAUCUAUUUUCUACCUACUGUCUAUGCUACUUAUUUUCUGUACCUUCUCCCCCUUCUCUUCCUCCCACUCCCCUGUUGCUAACCCUCCAUGUGAUCUUCAUUUUUAUGGUUCACUCCUGAUCUAGCUGUCCUCUAAAUUUGCUUUUGUUUUAGGUGUUGUUGUUAAUAACUGUGUUUGCUGUCCUUUCACUGUUCAUCUUUUUUAUCUUCUUUUUCUUAGGUAAGUCCCUUUUACAUUUCAUAUAAUAAGGGCUUGGUGAUGAUGAACUUCUCGAAUUUGAUCUUAUCUGAGAAGCACUUUAUCUGUCCUUUCAUUCUAAAUGAAAGCUUUGAUGGAUAGAGCAAUCUUGGAUGUAGGUCUGGAUUUCAUGACUUGGAAUACUUCUAUCCAGCCCCUUCUUGCCUGUAAGGUCUCUUUUGAGAAGUCAACUGACAGUCUGAUGGGAACUCCUUUGUAGGUGACUGUCCCCUUAGCUCUUGUUGCUUCUAGGAUUCUCUCCUUCAUUUUAACCUUGGCUAAUGUAAUGAUGAUGUGCCUUGGUGUGUUCCUUCUUGGGUCCAACUUCUUUGGGACUCUCUGAGCUUCCUGGAUUUCCUGGAAGUCUAUUGCCUUUGCCAGAAUGGGGAAGUUCUCUUUUAUUAUUUGUUCAAAUAAGGUUUCCACUGGUGACUGUUCCUCUUCCCCUUCUGGUACCCCUAUAAUUCGGAUGUUGGAGCGUUUAAAGAUGUCCUGGAGGUUCCUAAGCCUCUCCUCAUUUUUUUGAAUUCUUGUUUCUUCAUUCUUUUCUGUUUGGUCAUUUUUUUCUUCCUUCUGGUCCGCUCCCUUGAUUUGAGUCCCAGUUUCCUUUCCAUUACUUUUGGUUUCCUGUGUAUUUCCAUUCAUUUAAAUUAGUUUAGCCUUCAUAUGUUCCUCUAAUUUGUGACUAAAAUCAACCAGUUCUGUGAGCAUCCUGAUCACCAGUGUUUUGAACUGUGCAUCUGAAAGUUUGGCUAUUUCUUCAUUGCUUAGAUUUAUUGGCUCUGGGGCUCUGAGUUGUUCUUGAGCCAUGUUUUGAUCUGUUUGUGCCUGUUACGUAUACGGAGAGGUGCCUUUUAGGUGUUCACCAGGGCGGGGCCACCCAGGUUGCUUGUUUGCGAUGUUGUAUGUGGGGGCAGGGUUAGAGAGGGAGCAAUGGCGGUCCUCUCCGCUUGCCCAGUCUGCCUCACCACUUUCCCACACCUGUUUAUCUGAGCACAAAUGUGCAAGCCCGCCGCCCUGCACUGCCGGGGCCUGCGAGAUCUGUCUCAAUGCUUGCCUCUUCAUUGGUUUAUCUGCGUGCAAAUGCAUGACCAACCGCAGACAGCCAGCUGCACCUCUUCCCUGGGUCCACCUGUAGCUAGCCCGCACCUGGGAUCCGUGCCCUCAGCUGCCUGCACACCGCCCGGGUGGGGGGAUCUUUUUUGCCGACCUGCUCCACUGCUGGCUUCUCCCUUCUCACUGGUUUAGCUGAGUGGUUUGUUAUUUUCGGACUCUGUAUUGUUCCAUUUUCUGUGUGGUUUGGUUGCGUUUAUUGUUGUUAAAACUUUGUCGCUUUUAGAUUUGGUUGUGUGAGGACACAAAGUGUUUCCACCUACGCCUCCAUCUUGGUGGAAGUCUAAUUGUCAUUUCUUUUAUGUGUUGAGAACAAGGAAGAUCUAGUUUCUUAGCAAUUUGGAAGUUUAUAAUGCCUUGUUCUUUUCUUCUCUUAUAUUCCUUAAGUGUUUCGCCUGAAGAAUUGGAGCCUUUUCUAUGUUUUAAAAUUUCAUUUAUCUCAUCCAGAUAUAUUUUGGUGUUGCUCAUUCUAUAUUUUUUCUCUGAGUCCAGGAGAGUCCUUUUAUUAUUUAACUUAGGUUUUCUAACAUUUUAUUUUAUUAUUUUUAUUUUUAAUCCUUACCUGAGGAUAUGUUUGUUGAUUUUGGAGAGAGAGAAGGGGAAGAGAGAGAGAGAGAGAGAGAGAGAGAGACAUUGGUCAGUUGCCACUCAUGUGCCCAAACCGGAGAUUGAAACCUCAACUUAGGUAUAUGCCCUGACCCUAAAUUGAACCCAAAACCUUAUGGUGCAUGGGACCAUGCUCUAACCAACUGAGCCACAUGGGUAGAGUGAGGUUUUUUCACACUGUAGAUUUUCUUAAGUCACAUAUGUGAAUAUUUUUUUGUCCAUUUGUUCUCUUUUCCUCUGGAACAUAUCAUCCAAAAGUAUCUCCAUUGUCUGCCUUCCACAGCCAUCAACUUGUUUCCAUUACUUUCAUCUUUCUCUGUUUUCUACUGCAUUCUGAGUCCUUUUCUCAGGCCCAUUUUUAUAUCUCAGACUUGGCUUGCUGCUGAGAUCCUUGGUUGUUUUUAUACAGCUCAAAUUGUUCUCUUACAUGUCUUCUUUUUAGUUAUUAUAUUGUGUUAUCUUUCUUUUAAAAUAUAUUUCUUGAUAUUUUAUGUCAUUCAUCUCCUCUUUAAUUUUUAAAAAAAUAACUAAUUUUAAUUUGUAAUUUAUUGAUGAGAGAGACAUUAAUUUGUUGUUACAAUUAUUUACACAUUCAUUGGUUUCUUCUUGUAUGUACCCUCCCAAUGUUCAAACAUGUAACCUUGAUGUAUCAGAAUGAUGCUCUAACCAACUGAGCUGCCUGGCUGGGGCAUCUCUUCUUUAAUUUUUCUGAGGCUGUAAAAAAGUUGUUCUCCAACAUCCAUUUCUGUUCUAAAAGAUGCCUUUUAUUCAAAGUAUAUUUUUCAACUCUCUUUUGUGAUAUCACAGUUCUUUCAUCCUCCUCCUCAUCCUCUUUAUUUUUGCAUAGGUUUCAUGAUAAUUCCCCUCUCUACCACUUUUAUAAAUGGGCACAAUUCUUUCUUGCCUGUUAUUUACCCAUGAACCAGGGAGAUGAAUUCUCCUGGAUUAUUUUCUUUGCUUAUUUUGCACUAUUAGAUUCCUCUCAUGAGUCUGACGCAGAGGGCUGGGUUUUUGUUCAUUUGUAUUCUUUGUUCAGUUAUUCAGCUUCUUGUGGUUUGGGGAGAGGGGACUGGGCAGCAGGCAGCAGCAAAUAGAAUAUCUUGUCUACAGCUCUAUUGACUUCUGAAUUUGGAUAAUAGCCCCCCAACCUCCAAGGGCUGCCCUUGCAACACAGGACAUUAUCCUAUUUGCAGGAUUCUAGAAUCCAAGGAUGCUCCUAUAUCUGCCCUCAGAUGAUGAGACUAACGGUAAUCUUAGGUGUGUCUCUAGGAUGUGAGUGGAACCAGGAAUUUGUUUCUACCUGUAGUUGGAGACCCUUCACAUGCUGUCAAAGGGAACUAAUUGCUAAGUGUGGAUGUUGGCCAACCCAUCCCUCUGCUUUUUCCACUCUCUCCCCCUCUACCCAGGGCAGCUUCCUGUGUUUAUCACAGACUUCCAGACCCCAUGUAGUCAAGUCAUAAUGGACUCUGGGUAGUGGGUCCAAUGGGAAGCCCUAGGACCUGGUGAACUUUUGGAAAUGACAGCUAGACAUAGAAACCAAGGGCUCCAUGGGGACCAUCAGGACAAGGGCCAGAGAUGGGAUCCUGAGUUUGAGGUUGUGGGCAGAAGACAACGAGAGGACUAGAGCUGCAGCAGCAUCCAUGAGUUGAGAAUAAAGUGAGGGGCCAGAUUGGGGGCAGCAGUCAUACACUUGGGCACUGCAUUGACUUUUUGGGCUCCACCAGCUACUGUGAGUUCCUUAACAUCACAUGUAAGUUAGGGCAACCAUUUUAGAGGGUUUAUGAGGAUUUAAUAAAAUAAUCUUUGUGAAGCACUCAGCAUGUACUUUAGUGCAGUAAACAUUCUCUAAAGCAGGGGUCCCCAACCCCUGGGACCCAGACCCAGACUGAGGCCACAAAGUAGGACGUGAGCAGUAGGUGAUCAAAGCUUCAUCUGCAUGUACAUAUUUACAGCUGCUCUCCAUCACUUCCAUUACCACCUGAGCUCUGCCUCCUAUCAGAUCAUUCAUAGCAUUGAUUCUCACAGGAGCAUGAACCCUGCUGUGAACUGUGCAUGUGAGGGCUCUAGGUUGCUCACUCCUUAUGAGAAUUUAGUGCCUGAUGAUCAGAGGUGGAGCUGUCUCCCAUCACCUCCAGAUGGGAACCGUCCAAUUGCAGGAAAACAAGCUCAGGGCUCCUACUGGUUCUGUAUUAUGGUGAGUUGCAUAAUCAUUUCAUUAUAUAUUAUAAUGUAAUAAUAAUAGAAAUAAAGUGCACAAUAAAUGUAGUGUGCUUGAAUCAUCCCCAGACCAUCUCCUCUCCCUGCUCCCCAGUCCAUGAAAAAAUUGUCUUCCACGAAACCCAUCCCUGUGCCAGAAAGGUUGGGGACCACUGCUCUAAACAAUAGCUUAGGUUACAAUAGAAAAAGUGAGGACUUUUUUUUGGAGGGGAGAUGAUACUUCAGCUUAGGGGCAGAUCAGGCUGGGGAAGUGUAGAGGGAACCACAGCUAAUGAUUGCAUGGAGCUACAAGGGACUAGAAACUUCCCUCCCACC